AUGCUUUUCCCUCUCGCAAAACGCUCCAGCGUUAAACAAUGCGCCAACGACAUUCUCACCACCUCAUUGCAGGGCAGCGAUGACAACAUCGGCUCCGCGCAGGAGACCGAGCCCGUCUCUGCCUCCCGCCUUCUCUCCACCCUAGCGCCGGUCGCUCUCUACGCCGCCAUAUGGCUCGCCCUCUUCUUGAUCCUGCGCCGCGUCUUCGUGCGCAAGUACCAGGCUCGCUCGUAUCUCAAUACCCUCAAAGAGGAAGAGCGGUCACCUCAACUGCCUCCCGGCCUGUUCAGCUGGAUCGCUGCCUUCGUUAAGAUCCCGGACAGCUAUGUGCUGACCCACCACUCUCUCGAUGGCUUCCUCUUCCUGCGCCUGCUCAAGAUGGCCGUCAUCACCUGCUUCGUCGGCGCUGCCAUCUGCAUACCAGUUCUCUUCCCGGUCAACAUCACCGGUGGUGGCGGUCAAGAGCAGCUGGACAUCCUCAAUUUGUCCAAUGUCUCGGGUACUUACUGGCGCUACUUCGCCCAUACUGCGUGUGCUUAUGUCUUCUUCGGCUUCGUUAUGUUCAUGAUCACUCGCGAAAGUAUCUUCUACAUCAACCUGCGCCAGGCCUUCCUCAUGUCUCCGCUUUACGCCAAGCGUCUCUCUUCCCGCACCGUCCUGUUCACCUCGGUCCCGGAGUACUAUCUGCACGAAUCGAGGAUGCGCGAUCUUCUUGGAGACCACGUCAAGCGCGUCUGGCUCCCCACCGAUACUUCGGAGCUCGAAGAGAAGGUGGAGGAGCGCGACAAGAUCGCCAUGAAGCUUGAAGGUGCUGAGACCAAGCUGUGCAAGCUUGUGAAUGCGGCAAAGCUCAAGGCAGAAAAGGCAGGCAACUCGCGCGAGGAAGAAAUGGCCGAGAUCAAUGGCCACGGCAGCACCGAGUCCGGUUCGGUGGCUGCUCGCUGGAUUUCAGCCAAGAAGCGCCCGACGCACCGCUUGAAGCCCCUCAUCGGCAAGAAGGUCGAUACCAUUGACUGGUCUCGUGCCCAGCUGGAGAAGCUUAUCCCGGAGAUUGAGAAGGAGCAAGCAAAGCAUCGCGCUGCCGACACAAAAAAGGUCAACUCUGUUUUCGUGGAAUUCAACAGCAUUGGUGAGGCCCAAGCUGCUUACCAAAGCCUUACACACCACCAGGCUCUGCACAUGGCUCCCCGUUACAUCGGUAUCACUCCCACUGAGGUCAUUUGGAGCAACUUGAGUAUCAAGUGGUGGGAGCGUGUUAUUCGCGUUAUUGCUACGACGGCUUUCAUCACUUGUCUGGUUGUCUUCUGGUCCAUCCCUGUGGCUUUUGUCGGUGCCAUCUCGAACGUCCAAAACCUCAUCUGCAUCAUCCCGGCCUUGAGUUUCAUCAACGACAUUCCUACUGCUAUUAAGGGUGUCGUCACUGGUCUUCUACCCGUCAUUCUCCUGGCAGUACUGAUGUCACUGUUGCCUAUUAUUCUCCGCAUGAUGGCCAAGCUUAGCGGUGACCCUACGAAGUCGGCUGUCGAGCUCACUGUUCAGAACUACUACUUCGCCUUCCAGGUUGUCCAAGUCUUCUUGGUGGCCACUCUUGGAUCCGCCGCCGCUUCGGCUGUCGGUGAUAUUGUCGAGAACCCAACCGGCAUUCCGGGCAAGCUUGCAACCAGCAUUCCCACUGCAUCCGGAUUCUACCUGUCCUACUUCGUUCUGCAAGGCUUGGGUGUUGUCUCUGGCUUGCUCGUCGGCCUUGCUGGUCUGGUAAUUGCAAAGGUCUUGAGCAAGCUUCUUGACUCCACCCCUCGGAAGAUGUACAAGCGUUGGAUCUCUCUCUCCGGACUCGGCUGGGGCACCGUUUUCCCUGUCUACACGAACUUGUUCGUUAUCGCCAUUUGCUACGCUUGCAUCGCUCCGCUGGUACUUCUCUUUGCCGCGAUUGGCAUGUGGUUCUUCUACUUUGCCUACCGUUACAACCUCCUCUUCGUGUACGACAUCGACGUCGACACCAAGGGUCUAGUCUAUCCCCGUGCUCUCCAGCAGCUCUUCGUCGGCCUCUACAUCGCCGAAAUCUGCCUUAUUGGCCUCUUUGCCAUCCAGCUGGGUGACAAGAGUGCCCUCGGACCUUUCAUCCUGAUGAUCGUUCUCUUGAUCUUCACGUUCCUGUACCACGCUUCCUUGAACGCUGCCCUUGACCCUCUUCUCAAGUACCUGCCCAAGAGCCUUGAGGAAGAGGAGCGUCGCCUGCUUGCGGCCGAGUCCGAUCUGCCUGCUAACGAGCGGGCCGAUGCACCGACCAAUGGCUUUGAAAAGGCAGGUGCUGCCGAGGACGGGUACCUUGACCCGCGUGUACCCCCUCAUGAGAAGCCGGGUAUGAUCAAGAAGUUCUUGCGACCCGACAUCUACACCGACUACCCCACGAUGCGGCGCAUGGUACCCCGCAGCUUUGCUGAUCCCGACGCGCUGUAUGCCCCAGAGGUGGAGCGCGAUGCCUUCUUCCACCCAUCCGUCACGUCGGAGCCGCCGAUGCUUUGGAUUCCGCGUGACUCGGCCGGGUGCUCCCGCCAGGAGGUGCAUGACACGGGCAAGGUCAUCGCCAUCACUGACGUGGCUGCUCAUUUCGAUGAGAAGAACAAUCUCGUCUGGGAUCCCGAGGCAGAGGUUCCGAUUGCCGAGCCCAAGAUCUAUUACUAG